AAAAAUCUCAAUGAGACUGCUUUUGGUUUUCUUUCUUGUUGUUGGCUAUGUAUUGGGACAAAAUUCAAACCAACCAAUAACUUCAAACGGGACACCGCUCGACUUUGGCCUCAAGAAAGCUUGCGAAGAUGUUGGUGGAAUAUUCAAGCAAAGGGAAAAUGCUAAUGCAAUCAUCGGCGACAUUUGCACAAUUACAUUCCGAGUGUUGACCGAAACUGAUGACGAUGCAAAUGAGUUUUGUCGAUUGUACGCGCCAUGGAGAUUAAGGAGUGCUAUACGAAAUGAGGAUGGUGGUAUUCCGCAGACAAUUUGUGAAGUUGAAGCCACAAUGGCAUGUGAUGAUGGAUGGAUUCAAAUGUUUGGUUACUGUUUCCGACACCCUUACAAAAACAAAAUAUUUACUCAAGCUGAAGCGAUAAAGGUCUGCUCAAACCUGGACGGUCACACUGGAGAAAUCGCAUUUCUCCAUCAUCGUUACAUCGUCGGAGUUUGGAAGAACUAUUUCCGCGGAAUUGAUCAAAUAUGGGUGAAUGGUUCAGAAACAUGGAACCAAUAUGUUCAGUCAACUGGAGCUGUCGAUGGAGAUGCACUUGCUCUUGCACUUACAGGUCAUACGGUUGUCUUUUCCGUGUUCCCCAACUCGCUGAUUCGAAUCGAUCCGAUUAUUCGACUAGGUAUUUUGUGCCAGUAUAAACCUGAGAGGACGCUGGCUGAAAUCGCGUAUCUUGGACGAAGAUAUUCCGAAAUUUAUCAUCAAUCUAUUUUUUUGGAAGAUGGAGUUCUGAUUCGAUCGGCUUCUCAUUACACCAGGAGCAAGACGAACGCGGAGAUUUGUCAGAAAACACUGCGGCCAUUCUUUGUCGACGAUGUAGAGCCAUUCAUUCCAAACGAUGAUAUAAUGAGCGCCCUGUCAGAUCAAUACACGGAGCCCUGGGCGAUUUCUAAUUCCGGAGCACACUUUACAAUGGAUGUAUCCAAAAGGAAAUCUUCAGAUGUUUGUCUGAAAAGCACUCAUAAGUAUUCAGUUGCCUACCCGGAUCCAAAGAUGCCACCAUUUGUACUUCCCGUAGAGACAUCAGUUGGAUGUGAUAAUAUGAAUUCGGUGGCGAUUGUACAUUCUGAGAUAGACACUGAAUUCCGACCAAUGUCAGAUUCUCAGUCAGUACCGGUUUGGUGUAAAUUUGGAAGGAAGAUGAAUUACUUUGUUGAUCUACCAAAGGGCUAUACUCACUACGAGAGAGCUAACGGAAUGCAUGUUGGACAUAAAGUUGUUUCAAUGAUACUUCCAUUUGAUAAAGCAAUGAAGUAUUGUCAAGAUGACGGUGGUGCACAAUUGGGCGGAUUCAAUGAUAAAGCCGAGUUUGAAGCGAUUGAUAAGCUGAUUUCUAAGAAAGUACAUCAUUGGAUUGGAAAUAGACGACGCCCAGAUUGCCCAGGUUUUUAUUUCCACAGCGACCCAAACCACCAAUGCGGUCAUAAUAAAAUUCACGAAUGGCUCAACAACGUUGCAACUGAAGACAUCCCAAUUGAACUAUGGGGCUUCAAACAACCGGAUCAUGCUUGGAAACCUCAAGGUCGUCAGGAAUGUGGAUCUAUUGCAUAUGGAAUGCCGGGUUCUAAUGGAGAACCAAAACUCGACGAUGGAAGCUGUGAAGUAAAAAUGCCAUUCAUAUGCACUGCAAAAGGUGUUUUGAAAGCGACCACUGCGAGUAGACUUUGAACUUUUCUUCCAAUUUAAUGUAAUGUACUUGAUAAAGCUAUUUUCUUUAUU